CAAGAUCGAGGAGAGGCCGUGUCCAGGACCCAGCCCCAUGCAGGGAGGGAACGAAGAUCAGAGCAUGGAGGAUGCUAGCAUGUCGGCCUACAAGCUUGUGCGGCAUCGUAGCGACCCCUCGUCGGCGGCUCCUGAGAAACCAUGCCGGCUCAACACGGUCUCGUACUUUGCUCGCUGGAAGAACGAGAGCUCCGGGAAGAUGUUUUCUCGCAUCACUGGCGUGCUGGAUGGGAGCAACGUGAUCUUGAACGGGCAUCGUUACGAUGGCCUGAAGGACUUCCUUGCAGACGUGAAGCAAGGGUUCCAGCUCGAGCUGCCUGGAUAUACAACGGGAGAGAACCCCUCUCUCAGUGGAGCAGGAGACCAAGAGGCAGGGCAAGAGGCAGGGCAGGGUGCGCCUGAGGUGCCACAAACUCCUAAGAGGCCGACGAGCUAUGCGGACGGGGAGGCUUCUCGGUACCGCCUGCUGCAGAUGCUGCAUGACUCUUCGGCUGCAGACGGUCAGUGAGUAGGUUGAGCAUGUGCUGUUGGUUCUUGCGCGAACAGUGACGAGGAAGGUGUGAGUGUAGUGAUGUAAUGACAGUAGAGAACUCUUGUUGAUUAGCGGACUUUGAAUGAUUGACAUCUUGUAUAUAAAGAUACUUGGAAC